GGAUCGAGGUUAGGGUUCUAACGCAUCCCCAGGAGACUCAGAGGGGAGCGUCUGAUUGCGGAACUCAAGUGCUGCAGUCUCUGUAGAGAGCCGGAGGGAACGGGGAGCACUGGGGAAAACCUUUAUUUGCCCGGGUGUCUGACAUCUGGAGUCAUCUUGGAGUUUGUGCAGGGUUGAGAAGCUGGGCAACGACUGGCCAUGAGUUACCGAAGUAUACAGAAAGUCCAGGAGGUGCUGAAGGUCUUCGGGGAGUCAAGCGGCUUUGAUAGAGUUUUGGGAAAGGUUAAGGUUCUCUCUGCAAGUCCCGAAAAGGUGGUUUGUGAAAUGAAAGUUGAAGAAGAACAUUUGAAUAGGAUUGGCUCUCUACAUGGUGGCUUAACAGCAACUCUGGUAGAUGUCAUAUCUACACUUGCUUUGAUCAACACAGAAAGGGGAAAACCUGGAGUCAGUGUGGACAUAAACAUAACGUACUUAUCCCCGGCUAAGGUAGGAGAAGAAGUAGUGAUUGCUGCUCACAUUCUCAAGCAAGGAAAAACUCUUGCCUUUGCAAGUGUGGAUCUGACAAACAAGGCCACAGGAAAGUUGAUAGCACAAGGGAGACAUACAAAACACCUAGGAAACUAAAAGCAAGAUUGCUUUAAAGAUGUUAUUCAAGAAGCAAUCAUUAUUUCAUUGUUAUUUGUUUGAACAAGUAACUUGUUUUAAAAAGUUUAACUUUGAAAAUAAACAAUUUUAGCUGUGAAA